AUGGGGGGAGCCCCAGGCCACUCGGUCGAACAGUGCUUGGCCUUGAAGAGCAAGGUCCAAGGCUUGAUAGAAGCUGGAUGGUUGACAUUUCAAAAGGACGGGCCCAACAUAAAGACAAACCCUCUUGCCAAUCAUGGAGGAGUUGUUAAUGCCAUCGAUGUGAGUAGGUCACACGGGCCCAAACUUUUGAAGGACGUAACGACCUCUAGAAGGUUUAUCUACAAAGCCUUACAAAAGGUGGGCAUGAUUCCCCGCGGUGGGCACAGAGAGGAUUCAUGUUUAAUGCAUCCGGGCGUACUGCAUGACAUGGAAACAUGUUCGGCGGUAAGAGAUCUAUUACAACAAAUGAUUGACCAAGGCCGGCUUGAGGUCGACAAUGAGGGGGAGGAGGAACAACAUGUAUACAUGCAGUCGGCAGAUAAGGAAGGUCCUAAAAAGCCUAAACCCUUGGUUAUACACUUCACUAGGGACACGGCUCCCCAAAGACCUCAACACCCCUCGGCAGUGUCGAGCGGUAGACCUAUUUCAUUUCCUUACGAGAAUAGCCACACAGUUUUGUGGAGGUAUGCCCCUCCGGGCAGUAGGAAGGAAGAAGCUACCGAUACCGGUUCACUAUCAGCCAAACCUGCAAACACUAAAGGGAAAGCAGAGGUGAUCGAAGGACAAAAUGCCAAGGUGAUCCCCGCACCAGACGAGGAUGUUCCGACGAAGGAUUUUGCCGAGGGAAGAGAGGGCUGCGGCAAGAAAGAGGUAUCACUCGAGGAGGCUGGCGAGUUCCUCCGCAUUAUCCAACAAAGCGAGUUCAAAGUCAUUGAAAAACACAACAAGACCCUAACUAGAGUCUCCUUUCUGGAGCUGCUCAUGAGCUCUGAGCCUCACCGAGCUUUGUUGGUAAAAGUCUUGAAUGAAGCUCACGUAGCCCAAGACAUCUCCGUAGAAGGCUUUGGGGGAAUCGUCAAUAACAUCACAGCCAACAAUUACCUCACCUUCGCUGAAGAGGAAAUCCCUGCCGAGGGGAGAGGAAAUAACAGGGCUUUACAUGUGUCAAUCAAAUGCAUGGAACACGUUAUGGCCAAAGUACUCAUCGACAAUGGCUCAAGCCUGAACGUGAUGCCCAAGAGCACGUUGGAGAAAUUUCCAUUUAACGCCUCCCAUCUAAGGCCAAGUUCCAUGGUGGUCUGUGCCUUCGAUGGCAGCCACCGAGAGGUAAAGGGAAAGAUCGACCUCCCAGUACAGAUAGGGCCUCAUACCUGCCAAGUUAAAUUCCAAGUGAUGGAUAUCAAUCCGGCCUACAGUUGUCUUUUGGGGCGUCCAUGGAUCCACUCAGUGGGAGUCGUCCCCUCCACACUCCACCAAAAGUUGAAGUUUGUAGUGGAAAGACAUUUGGUCAUAGUAUCAGGUGAGGAAGAUGUCCUGGAAGGAAGAAACAAAGGCCGAGGCCCGCAGUCGGGACAGCAAGCCCAAGAGGUUCCUCCGUGCCACAUCAGCAGAAGCUUUGUUAGUGCAGGUUUAAGACCCGAAGGACAAAUCGAUGCGAUAUGCGAUGAGGACUCCCCAAGGAGAUCCGAUUUGGUACAACCAUGCCCUCCUGGUUUCCAACUAGGGAAUUGGCGGGUGGAGGAAUGCCCAGACGUUUACGCGACAAGCAUAAUAUCCGACGACGAGUCCCGCGAAGGUAUUAAUACCGGGGACCCGGCCGUCGAUUUCGAGCAAGAAGCAAGUCGGACGGAGGAUGAAGAGGAUGAGGAUGUAGGGCUUCCCCCAUAG